AUGGCUUGUGACGUUACGCCUUACUUUCAUUCUGUCUUGACUGGACUACGUGAUGCCUCUGGCACCAGUUGCAAUCUCAAUAGUAACUGCGCCGGGCCCAGCCCAAUGCGUCGUGAGACCGACAUUCCUGGCUUUUCGUCACGAGCCAACCAUCUGCUCUCCAAUCUUCAGCUUUUGGCCGGCGGGCUGACUCGUCUUCGUCUUUUGGUUUCCCGCAGACCUGGGUUCUCGGGGCGUUGGGGCAAACGCUCGGAAGAUUUAUCAAAAGAACCUUCAGACGCUGAACAAUUUCUGUCUGAUAGCGCUUUCCGACAGGAAGGUGGAUUGCUGGUACAAACAAUCGGCGAUUUGCUUUCAAUCUCCAUGCAGUUGUGGCAGCAUCUGAACAAGUCGCUUAUCGAAGCCGACCGUAUUUCGAUUGUUGAGUCUAGUCAGCGAAAAAGACAUGAUGAACUAGUCUGCCAACUACUCGGUGACAGGCUAAAGCAUCUUCGAGAACAGAUCCAGAAGGAGGUGACUACUAGGACAGACAGGCUCCACAUUCAUAUUACAGCUUUGGCUUUAUCUUUGUUGUAUAAAUCCAAGUUGCGAGAAUUUAAGGGUUUUAGAAUUAUGCUUUGA